CAGUUUAUCGACACGAUGCUAACAGUUGUUAGCCUCCAGCUUUACCUAGCGCUCCAGGUGACAAUAGAGCGGAGAGAAUUGAUGAUAUUGCGUUUAGCCUGUUUGUGUCCCGCUGCCGGUGUUUACUUGUUUUCGAAACUCCAUUCAGACAACUGCCCAGCAAAGUUAACCAAAGCUGACUGUUUGUAAAGGUUAUGUUAGCUAUCUGUUUAUAACUGGCAGCGGGAGACAUUUGGAAACGCUUUGACACCUGAGCUAGCACGUCUACACAGCUCAUCAUUAUCUGUGCCAUCACCAUCACCAUCAUCUGGACUGUUGUUGUUGGAUUGGAUUUGGAGUUUAUUAACACUGAAACUUGACUAGCCCCCCUGGCCUGUGGCAGUUUCUCUUUGAGCACGGAGGGGUCUGAGUGAAGGCUGAAAGAUGGUCUGAUGGACCGCCGCUUCUUCCUGACCUUCCUCUUCUGCUCAGUGUCGUGGAUCUUCUUCUGGGAAGUGCGCUGGAAGAAAGGAAAAGAGAGUCAGAUUGAGGAAUGGCUCCAAAGACAUAGCCUCUCUCAAUACAGGCACUUGUUUGAAGAUGUACAGACACUGGAGGAACUGAGUCUGAGUGUAUUGAGUCGUCUGGAAGAGGUGGUGAAGGAACAGCAGCGCUGGAGGGAAAUUGCAGAGGCCCACAUCCAGCUGCUCCGAGACUUUGCCUUCCAGGAGUGGCUUUGCUCCCAGAACCUGGAGCACUAUUACCAUACACUGAAGACCUUGGGUUGUAUGAAUCUGGAUGAUCUGUCUCAGUUUGACAGUCAGCUGCAGCUGUCUCUAGCUGCCUGGGGUUACUACUACGAAGACUACAUUAAGUUGUCCACAGGCAUCAAGAUCCUCCAGAACUCCAGGGGGAGUCGUGACCAGGACUACGAGAUCCGGCUGGUGCACAGCCUUACAGUGAGGCGUCUGAAUGAGAAGUGGACAAUUGCGGGAGCUCUCAUAUUUGGCUGUACUGUGGCGCUGUGCUUCUUGAUAAGGGACCUCAUGUUUUACGUGAUUGGUGGAAUUACUGUUUCCAUCAUAGCGUUUGUCUUCACCAUCAAGUUCCUCUGUGAGCUUGCAGCGCGGGUGGUCAGCUUCCUGCAGAAUGAGGAUCCAGGGCGACGCGGCGACCGCAGCAUCUAUGACUAUGUCCGGGGAAACUACCUGGACCCGCGUUCCUGCAAGGUGUCUUGGGAUUGGAAGGAGCCGCAGGAAGUGGGGCAGACUAUGAGCUUCAGAGUCCAGCUGUUCUACAAGAAUGGCCAACCUUUCCCGGCCCACCGGCCUGUUGGGCUGAGGGUCAACAUCACCCACAUUGAAUUGGCUCUGGACAUCCCUGUUACACAGGAAGUUCUGCAAGAACCAGAGUCCAAUGUAGUCAAAGUGGCCUUCACAGUGCGUAAGGCCGGACGCUAUGAAGUUGCUGUCAAGCUGGGUGGCCUCAACGUGGCCUACAGCCCUUAUUACAAGAUAUUUCAGCCAGGUACAGUCGUCCCAUCCAAAACCAAGAUAGCCUACCAUUUCUCCACCCUGGUGCUAACAAACGGCCAGCAGCACACUUUGCAGAUCGAGCCCAGGGACGAGUACGGAAACCCCACCAGUAACUCCACAUCCCUCACAGACGAAGCCAACUACAGCGUCCAUGUGCACUCUCUGGGCACAGUGGAUGAUGACAGUCUGGAGGAGUAUUACAGUAAGUCAGUGUCACUCAACAAGCAGCAGUGCCAGGUUCUGCUGAGACUGACUCUGAGGAAGACGGGCUGUUUCAGGGGCCGAAUCUCCUACAAGGAUCAACCGCUCAGCAACGGGGAAUUUGACAUUAUUGUUCUCAGUGAGAAUGAGAAGGCCUGUGUGGAGAAGAAUGUGUCCACUCCAGGCAUCAGUAUCUACUUUGAGGCGUACCUUUACAGCAAUGGGAACUACAGUUCCUCAUGGCAGUUACCAGCCUCCUCUUUGCUGGCUCCCCAGAGGAGGCCCUCCAUGGGAGAAGAGGAGGACGAGCACGACUCUCCUGUGGAGGGACAACCUGAGAAGGUCAAGAAACCAAAAAAGGUCUACUGUUACAUAUCGCCAAAGCAACUAUCCGUGAAGGAGUUCUACCUGAAAAUAAUUCCGUGGCGCCUUUUCACCUUUCGAGUAUGUCCAGGAACGAAGUUUACCUAUUAUGGUCCUGACCCGGUUCACAAGUACCUAACUCUAGUGGUGGAUGAUGGGAUACAGCCUCCUGUGGAGCUCAGCUGCAAAGACAGGAACAUCAUGGCCGCCACCUUCAUUCGCUUCCUGCACAAGAACAUUGGUGGCUCUGAAACGUUCCAAGACAAGGUGAACUUCUUUCAACGUGAACUCAGGCACAUCCACUCUAAGAGACCUCGCACCAAGACCUGCCUAAAAAUCACCCGACACUCCAUUCUGGACUCAUCCGUGAAGGCUACAAGGAACUUCUCUGUGUCAGACUGGAGUAAGAACUUUGAGGUCGUGUUUCAGGAUGAGGAAGCUCUGGACUGGGGAGGGCCUCGUAGGGAGUGGUUUGAGCUGGUGUGUAAGACCCUCUUUGACACCUCCAACCAGCUGUUCACCCGCUUCAGCGACAACAACCAGGGCCUGGUGCACCCAAACGCUGACCGGCCACCCCAUCUGCGUCUGAAGAUGUAUGAGUUUGCAGGUCGCGUCGUAGGGAAGUGCCUGUACGAGUCUGCUCUGGGUGGAGCCUACAAACAGCUGGUCCGAGCUCGCUUUACACGGUCUUUCUUGGCACAGAUCAUUGGCCUCAGGAUGAACUACAAGUACUUCGAGACGGACGACCAGGAGUUCUACAAAACUAAAGUCUGCUUCAUCCUAAACAAUGACGUGAGUGAAAUGGACUUGGUGUUUGCCGAAGAGAAGUACAGCAAGUCGGGACAGCUGGAGAAGGUGGUGGAGCUGAUAUCAGGGGGAGCUCAGAUCGCUGUUACCAAUGAAAACAAGAUGCAUUAUCUCAACCUGCUGGCCCAGUACAGACUGGCCAGCCAGGUAAGAGAUGAGGUGGAACACUUCCUGAAAGGUUUGAAUGAACUGGUUCCAGAAAACCUGCUAGCCAUAUUCGAUGAGAACGAGUUGGAGCUGUUGAUGUGUGGCACCGGUGAUAUAAACGUACAGGACUUCAAGGCCCACGCUGUGAUUGUCGGAGGAUCGUGGCACUUCAGAGAGAAAGUGAUGAAGUGGUUCUGGGCUGUGGUUUCCAGCUUCACGCAGGAGGAGCUGGCCCGUCUGCUUCAGUUCACCACCGGCUCCUCUCAGCUUCCCCCUGGGGGAUUCAACACCCUUUGCCCCUCCUUCCAGAUCAUCGCUGCCCCCACACACAGCACCUUGCCCACUGCACACACGUGUUUUAACCAGCUGUGCCUCCCUACGUACGACUCCUAUGAGGAGCUGCACAAGAUGUUGAAGCUGGCCAUCAGUGAGGGCAGCGAGGGCUUCGGCAUGCUCUGACUCCCCCAUCACUGGCACUGUGGUUCCACUCGUACAAGAGGAGACCAACACUGUCCGCUCCAGUGCACCAGUUUCCUGCAUUCAUCUGCGUUUACCAGUGGACUUCUUGGCAGAGUAUCACCCAGACUCCCUAUAAAUCCUCUCUCAGGAUGAGAGGGCAUUACAGGAAGUCUGUAACGGCUGUCCUGAAACUGGAACUCAAAUACGAACUCUAGUGCUACUGUAUGUAUAUAAAAUAUCUCGCUUUUGUAUAAAAAAACCCAACAAAAAACAGAAACCAGAAACUGCUGAAAAAGGUGAGGUUUGGGCUAGUUGUAUUUCUUAAUGCUAAAGUUUGCUUAGUUUUAUAUGUUUGAAAGACAAACGAUGCUAGAGCAAAGGCCUUGCGUAUUACUUUAUAACCGCUUCUUUUGCAUUUUGCAAACUGAGGAACACUUAAGUGCAACAGCGGCCUACAUGUGAUGUGGGUGACGCGUGCAUCUACAGCACUUUGGCCUUAAUCGAUCAGGGACUGACGUGUGUUUGUAAAUAUAUAAUAUCACUCUUUUAUUUCAAUACUUGUACAUAGUAGUGUGUAUAAAUAGGUUUUCAUCUUGUUACCUUUUUUGGUUUGACGUUAAAGGAGAAGGGAUUUUCUUUAUUGUUACACGUUUGGUGGGAGGAGAGUUUAUAUGAUUUCUAUAAGCUUUUUUUUU